AUGUCAUUAAUAACUAAAACUACAGUAAAUGUUUGGGAAAUGGAAAAAGGAUUUGAUAUUAUUUUAUUUAUUGACAAAAACGAUGUCCACAAUAGUGAAUAUUGGAAGAACGAAUGUUUUCGUCGCAUAAAUGCUAAAUAUCUAUUUCAAAAGUUGUUCAGGACAAACAUUAUAAACGUGACCGGAAAAUCGUGCGCACUCGUGUAUUCUGUGUACGGUGAGUCAAUAUGCUGUCUGUUGCUAAACGGGUCGAAAAACGAAAACAGCAACGCAAAACACACCUAUGACAAGAACAGGAAGAAAAAAAGCAGCAUGGCGUCCGACGUCGAAAACGAACUGCGGACAAUCAGGGAACGGUUGGCAGGCUACCGGUACUUGACGGCACAGGGCUGGGCGCGGCCAGUCGCGUACGAUUUUGAGUUAAUUUUCCGGACGGUUUUCCGCGGGGACAGCGGCGAGUUGUGGCUGUACGGCCAGCGGAGGCCGUUGCCGUCUCCCCGCGAACGCGUUAGCAGCGUCAUUGGAUUCAGCUGCAAUCGCAAUGAGACACACUGCAUCAAGGAUAAGAUUCUCGAGAAAAAUAAUGCCAAAAACCGCAAAUCGUCAAAUAAAAUAAUAUUACCGACACCAAGGCCGUUUAUACGAAAAUUGAAACCUGUGGUACCCACGAUAACAGCUCCCAUCGAACUGCUGCAAUCUGACGACGAUUGUGAGAAACCGACUAUGCAACAACCAAACGUACUAGUGAUUAAAAUAAUUCCACAAAAUAUUUGGGAAUUAGAUUCAGAUAUUGAUAUUAUUUUAUUCAUCGAUACGGAAGCCAUGUACAUGGACGAUUGGAAAGAUGAAGUGGUGGAACGUGUCAACGACCAUUAUCCUUUCAAAAACAGGUUAUUGAAAGACAUACAGAUAAUGCCCGUUGGUGCGGGCACCGUACAUGUAUAUCGACAAAAUGGCGUUUCGAUAUUCUGCAUAUUCUUCAGCAACAACACGAUUAUCCUCAGCGACUGGAUGGAAAUUGCUCUGAUCAGCAUCAAAAGAAUGUUAACGGGUUACGUACAAUUGGCCAUCCAACAGGACUUAUCGCUCUCAGAGUUUCAACUGAAUAUCUACAGUAAUCUUUAUUUUUUUUUCCAAUCGGUGUUCACGUACGACACGGUUGUGCUAUGGUUAUGUGGUAGUAGUGUGUAG